AUGCCACCCCUUCCGCCGGCAUCUAUCCCCUCCUGGAACCCCCGUGUAGUCUGCUACUUCCAAACCUACCACGACAACAACGAAUACAUCUCCUUGCUCCCGUUAAUCACCAACCCCUCCGGCGCCACACAUGUCAUCCUUGCCGCCGUCCACGUGAACUGGGACCCGAACAAUUUGACCCUCAACGAUGACCCGCCCGACCACCCCAAAUAUACCCAGCUGUGGGACGAAGUCAUCGUCCUCCAGGACUCCGGGAUCAAAGUCCUCGGCAUGCUCGGCGGGGCUGCACGUGGCACCUUUGCGCGGCUAGAUUACAGUGAGUCGCGGACUGAUAUGCCGCUUGCGCGCUUUGAGGCGUAUUAUGUCCCGCUCCGCGAUAUGAUUCGCAAGUACGGCCUGGAUGGACUCGACCUGGACGUCGAAGAGGAAAUGUCGUUACCAGGUAUAGUCCAUCUGAUCGAUCGACUCAAAGCCGAUUUUGGGCAGGAGUUCAUCAUCACGCUGGCUCCCGUCGCUACAGCAUUGAUGGCUGGCCGCCCGCAUUUAUCGGGCUUUGAUUACCGGGUGCUCGAGGACAUGAGAGGCGGAAGUAUCGCGUGGUACAAUACGCAGUUCUACAAUGGGUGGGGCGGGAUGCAUAAUACGGACGCAUAUGAUGUGAUUAUGCGCAAUGGGUGGCCUACGCGAAAAGUUGUCGCGGGGAUGCUGACGAAUCCGAAACAUGGUGGGAGUGGGUAUGUGCCGCUUGAGCUGUCGGCGGUUGUGUUGGGGGCGUUGGUGGAGAAGUACCCUGAGUUCGGGGGCGUGAUGGGCUGGGAGUACUGGGAUAGUUUGCCCCAGGAGAGGAAUUGUUGGAUGUGGGCGUAUUGUAUGGGGUUGUGUCUGGGGAUGAAGAAGGUGAGGGAUCUAGCGGUCGUGGUGUUGACGGGGAGGAGGUUGGCGGGAAUUAAUGUGAGUGAUGUGAAUCGGAAUCAAAGUCGGAAUCGGAAUCGGAAUCAACCACGGUGA